AUGAAUAUUGUUGUAAAGGAACCGCCAGCUGAGGAAGAGACCUCUAAGCACAAUGAAGGCUCAGAUACUAAGAAUACUGCUCAGGAGAAAGAAGAGACUAAAGAAUCAUCUCCUCAGGAAUCUUCAGAAGAAGAUUCUGACUCUCAGAGAAACAUUUGGAAGGUUAUCGCAGUCGUGAGCGUCUUAUUUUAUUUCGUAUAUCGUCAUAUAUGGAAGAACGAAAACCAGUUCCCAAAAGUGCUUGUGCUGUCGAUAGGAGUAGAGAUCACUCUGAUCAUGAUGGUGGUGUAUCCAAAAUGGAAAUCCAAUGAUCUCCAAAAAGUAUUUGGGGAUUCAUCUGUUCAACUCAUGAUGGUCACCCUCUUGAUUACUAUGGUAUUUGACUUAUGCGGCAUCUUCCAAAUAGUUUUUGGAGGAGUCAAUGUGCUUAUUUUACUAGCUAGGAUCUCAAGAGUUGCUUUGUAUUAUGUACUUCUGACUAACUUUGAAUCAGAGAAGGCUGAACAGAAGAGACAAAAGAUUCGCGAUGAAAUAGAUCGUAUUAAGAACCAAAGUGACCUCAAUUCUAUUCUUCAAACAUUAGAAGAAAAGUGUGAGAACAAGGAUGAGGUUAUUAAAGCCAGUAUUGAGAAAGGAAUAGAAGUCCAUAAAGAGAGCUUGAGAAAGAAAAAGGCAAGAAAUGGCUUAUUGAAAGCCAGUUUUAUGAGAGAUGAUACAGAUACUGACCCAAUGAAGAUAAACGAAGUUAAACUCUCAGACGUAAAUGACAUUGUAGAAGCUAUUGAUUCUAACCCAGAAAAAUUCUUCUACGAAGAUUUUGAUUUCAUUACAAUGGAGGAUCAAUAUGACUUAAAGAUGGUACUUGAUUCAAGUCAAGAUCUUGAAUUUGAUGUAUUUGAUCUUCAGGCAAAAUCUGAAAACAAUGAACUUUAUGUAUUUGGAAUGUACAUAAUGACAAAAGAUUCAUAUCUUGAAGAGUUUAGAAUCGACAAAAAGAAGCUCCAAAACUUUUUAUACGCUAUUCAAGAAAGCUAUAAUCCGGUGGCUUAUCACAAUAAGACCCAUGCUACAGACUUAUCUCAGACUCUAUAUUACUUCUUAGAGAACUGUGAUGUAAAGGAAGUUUGUAAUCUUAGUAGAAUGGAGGAAAUGUCAAUGCUUCUAGCCGGUUUUAUGCACGAUUUAAAUCAUCCUGGAUAUACCAACUCUUUCUUGAUCAACACUUCUUCUCCUCUUGCUCUGAGAUAUAACGACAAGUCUGUCCUCGAGAAUUAUCAUGUUGCUAUGGGAUUUAAGAUUAUGAAAGGUUCAGAACAAUGUGACAUCUUUGAUAGACUCUCAAUGAGACAGAACAGAGAAAUCAGGAAGUUUAUGGUAGACCUUAUUCUAGCCACUGAUAUGGCCAAUCACUUCAAUAAAAUGUUUGCUCUUGAGCAAAGAGUCGCUCAAGAUGAUUUUGAUACUUCUGGUAUCGACAAAGAACUUUGCACAGAGUUUAUUUUCCAUAUUUCAGAUAUUAGUAAUACAUCAAAGCCUUGGCCAGUCUGCAAAAAGUGGAUAGAUAAACUUUUCAUAGAAUUUUUCAACCAAGGAGACAAGGAAAAGGAGAUUGGCUUAGAAAUAUCUUACUUGAUGGACAGAAAAACAAUCAAUGUGGCUGAAUCACAAGAUGGAUUCAUUAAAAACAUGAUCAAACCUGCCUUUGAGAUUCUUGACAAAUUCCUUCCUAAUCUCUCCCAAAACAUAACGAAUCUUGAUGACAAUGUUGAGAAAUGGAAAAAGAAGGUUCCUCAGUACGCAAUCGAAAAGCACUCUCACAAAGAAACUAAAAAAUUAGCUGGAGAAGGAUCUAAGAAAUCAAGGUCGAGCAUCAGAGGAGAUAUGGGCAUGAUAAUUGAAGCUGAGAAUGAACACGAUGAAUCCCACGGAGAAUCUAAAAGAAAGAAAUCAGCAAAGAAAGGCAACCAAGAGAAAAGUAAAGAGGAGAUGGAAUACCUUAGUGAAGACUCAUAUGUUCCUAGCGAGUAUACUCCAUACUUAUCUGCCAGAAGAAUGACUAGUUCAAAAGAAUUUGGAAUUUAUCAAAUUCCAAAGCUAAUGGAGACUCUUACAAAGAAGCAAAUGAGCGAAGUCGUAGAAAGAAAGGCAAAAUAGUU